AUGUCAAGGAAGCCUUGGGAAAAGCAGCAUCCCAAAGGGAAGGAUGGAGUGCCCACUCGCUUGUUCACUGAUGAAAAUCCUGCCACCACAAUCAAAGGAACUGGCUUUCGAGACAAACGAAUUGCAGAGAGAACUAUCCGACUCACCUCACAACCAGGAGUACGAUACAAACAGUACUGGACCAUCAAGGCAAUGAGAGAAAGAGCAUUCUACCAUCCUCACCAAACCAAUGGAAUGCGAGAUGCUAUCCGAGUAUUUGACGACUGGUUAAAGGAAGAAGUGAACAAACCUGCGCUUUCGAAAGAAGAGAUAAACCUUCGAAGAGAUGAAUGGAAGCGCUACCAAACACUUUGUCAAUCUGCUGCAAAUGGGCAUUCUUACGGAAAUGAACCAACCCAAAGUCAGUUGCAACGAGCUAGGGAUGAUUUAAAAAAUGGUCAGGAUUGCCUAGUAAGAGGCUUGGAAUUGUCUCAGAAGUCGACUUCAAACCCGUUUCCAUUCCCAUUGCUAGCGUUCUCAGCCUUGUUUGGAGCACCAGGGGCUCAUGGCUAUGGUCGACAUACUAUUGUAGGAGACCAAUCAUUGGUUGACGUAGACGGAAAGGACGGAUUGCAAGAAUUGGUGUCCAGCAAAAGAGUUCUCUCCCGUUACGGUGACGAGCUAAAAAGGAUAUCGUUGACAUACAAUCGAGAGAACGGUACAACCGAAAUGAAACUUGAAUACGGCAAGAAAAGAAAGACUCUUUCUAGUCUCUGGAAUCGUGUGCCAAAAGGUCCACAACAGAGUCCCCCGGAUGUUUCACCGUCAAAAGACACACAUACUACUCUUAUUUCCAGUAAGCGAGCGUGGAGCUGUAGUAUCUGUACUUUUGAGCAUGUAGGCGUGGAUAAAAAACUCUAUCUUGCGUGCGAGAUGUGUGGAGCGCCUCGUCAGGAGUCGUCUUCCGCGAGGGAAGUGACACCUAACACGAAGGAGAUACCACCCAAACCCGCCCACGCUACCAAAAGUAACAAUUCUCCUCAUGCAAAAGAAACUUUGACAGAUGCACGGAAAGCCGCUUGGGGAACUCUUCGACCUCCUACUAGUCGUGAUGUUCAAGGACCUCGGAAAAGGCAAAAGGGACUGGAUACCCCGACUCCGCUCUUGGAUUACAUUGUUGUGAUGGACUUUGAGUGGACUGCUGACAACAAGUCCAAGAUGGAACCCAUCGCGGAAAUUACACAGUUCCCAGCAGUUGUCGUGAAGUUGGAAGAUCGAAAAUGGGGGUAUAGUACUGCAAAAUCAGAGUCCAUUUUACCGAAAAGUCCCAUCCCGCUUCCAGCGGACCUCUGCGUGCCUUGCUUUUCAAAUCGAGUAGUCAAUGCGGAUGCCUACGCUAUUUCUGCCUUUGAUACAUUUGUCAAGCCAACAUUGAAUCCAACUCUGACGAAGUUCUCCAUUGAGUUGACAGCGAUACAACAGCAUGAUGUGGACAGUGCUCCAUCGAUCGACACUGUGGUAAACGAAUUUGUAACAUGGCUCCAGUCACUUGGGCUUGUUGACUCUGGGGGUAAGAGAGUAGGAAACUGGUGCUUUGCCACUUGGGGAGAUGGCGAUAUCGGUGGCACGCUCCGACAAGAAUUGGAUUACAAAUCUGUCAGUUUGCCGCCAUGCUUUGAUCGGUGGAUCGACUUGAAGAAUGAUUCCAUAUUCUUGAAGCAUUACGGUCGUGAACCAAGGGGAGGGCUUCGAAAGUGCGUGGAGUCGAUAGGAGCACUAUGGAGUGGAAGAGCACACAACGGAUUGGUUGACAGCUUCAACACUGCAAAGAUUGUCCGUCACAUGGUUCAGACUGGAUUUCGAUUCACAAGGCCAACCAGAGGUUUAGAUCGAAAUGGAGUCCCCUUUGGUCAACGUAGAAAACAAAAUGAAAACCGGGAACGAUCAUAA